UUAUCAGUAAUCGCGGUUAACACAGCAGCGGUUGGGUAUCGCGAAAUAAAAUAAAUAAUGUUUAAGCUCACAGAUAUGUACUAUGUGUUGUACGUAUCCGUGUUCAAAGCUAAACCAAUUUCGAAUUUUACUGAACAGUUCAGAAGUCGUAAACCAUCGAAUAAUUGAAUAAUUUUAAACUGUCGGAUAAUUCGAACAAUUCGGAACAAUCGAAUAGUUCGAUAGUGCUUAUCACUAGUGUCCAGUCCUACGCGUCCUUGCCCGCAGAACGCAUCGCGAAGCAAACGUUUGCCGCCGUAAGUUCAACAGCAUUAUUUGCCCGUUGUUAAUUCGUCUCUGUUAAGACCUUCGUUCCGUUGCGCACACGCACCUGUUUUCGGAACGGCGUGUUCUUCUCCGCCAAAGCACAACGUCAAAUGAUCGUCGACAUGGUCCAGCAAGGAGACUUGUACAGAGAACCGGAAGAAGAACAGUUGGAUAAUGAAACAACAUAUGGUGAUUUGGAAGGCCCGGAUGCUAUGUACGUAAAACUAAUCUCGAGCGAUGGUCACGAGUUCAUUAUUAAACGGGCACAUGCCAUUAUGUCGGGUACCAUCAAAGCCAUGCUGAGCGGUCCUGGGCAGUUUUCCGAAAACGAAGCCAAUGAGAUCAACUUCAGAGAGAUACCUUCCCAUGUCUUGUGCUGCGUCUGCAAGUACUUCUCAUACAAAGCUCGUUACACCAACAGUUCUACUGAAAUACCUGAAUUUAACAUCGGUGCGGAAGUUGCAUUGGAACUUCUGAUGGCAGCUAACUUUUUGGAUUGCUAAGUGUUUUUUAGCAAAAACAAUAAACAUUUUUUACAAGUACAAAAUUGAUAAAGAGCUUGUGUAAAUCUUA